AGUGGAGGUGGGGAUCAAUCUCAUGAGUUGAUCUUUCUUGAUUUCCAUUCACUUCGAAGAAGAACAAUAAGAGAACAAAGAAGAAUUGGAUUUCUAGGGCUUUUAAUUUUGAUUAAAUUUUGUUAACAAUGGCAAUUUUGACAUUUCACACCAAACAAACCCACCACGACCACUACAAACAAACAGUUACGCACACUCAACAGCCGCCAUAUUCAAAAACCCUAACGCCAUUGCAGCAUCUUCAAUUCUUGACCACUGUUAACACAAUGGCGGAACCGGCGGCAACCGUCCCAAUCGACAACGCUACCUCGACACCGGAGGAACCAGAAACUUUAAGCAAGAAUGCUCGUAAGAAGGAGCUGAAGAACAAGCAGAAGGAAGAAGAACGGCGUCGUAAGGAAGAGGAGAAGGAGAAAAAGGCUGCCGCCAUGCCGAAGUCAGCAGUUCAGAAGCAGUCUGCUGCAGAUGAUGAAGACAUGGAUCCAACGCAAUAUUUUGAGAAUCGACUGAAAACACUUUCUGCUCAAAAGGCAGCAGGAAUAAAUCCGUAUCCUCACAAAUUUGAGGUCAAAAUGUCCAUUCUUGAUUAUAUAGAGAAGUAUGACAGUUUAGGUAAUGGGGACCAUCUGGAGGAUGUUGAAGUAUCUUUAGCUGGGAGGUUGAUGAACAAACGGUCUUCUUCAUCAAAGCUGUUUUUCUAUGACUUGCAUGGUUCUGGUGGAAAAGUGCAAGUUAUGGCUGAUGCAAGGAGAUCUGAUUUGGAUGAAGCUGAAUUCUCCAAGUACCAUUCUGGUGUGAAACGUGGAGAUAUUGUUGGUAUCGUCGGGUUUCCAGGAAAAAGCAAAAGGGGAGAGCUGAGUAUAUUUCCAAAAACGUUCACCGUCUUAUCACAUUGUCUUCAUAUGAUGCCUAGGCAAAAACAUGUAACUGGUGCUGAUAAUUCCAAUGUGAAGAAAAUUGACGCUUGGACUCCAGGAAGUGGUAGAAAUCCUGAUGCAUAUAUAUUAAAAGAUCAGGAAACACGAUACCGUCAACGAUAUCUAGAUCUGAUGGUAAACUCGGAAGUCAGACAUAUAUUCAAGACUCGGUCAAAGGUCGUAUCUUAUAUCAGACGUUUUCUCGACAGUCAAGACUUUUUGGAGGUUGAAACUCCGAUGAUGAACAUGAUUGCUGGUGGAGCUGCUGCACGCCCGUUUGUGACCCACCACAACGACUUGAACAUGACGCUGUAUAUGCGCAUUGCUCCUGAACUUUAUCUGAAGGAGCUUGUGGUAGGUGGACUCGAGCGCGUAUACGAGAUCGGAAAACAGUUUAGAAACGAGGGGAUUGAUUUGACGCACAAUCCCGAGUUCACGACAUGUGAAUUUUAUAUGGCGUUUGCUGACUACAAUGACUUGAUGAAGCUAACUGAGAAAAUGUUGAGUGGAAUGGUAAAGGAGCUGACAGGUGGCUACAAAAUUAAAUAUCAUGCCAACGGGUAUGAUAACGACCCUAUCGAAAUUGACUUCACUCCACCGUUCAGAAGGAUUGACAUGAUUGAAGAAUUGGAGAAGAUAGCAAAUCUUAGCAUACCCAAAGACCUUACGAGUGAAGAAGCCAAUAAAUAUCUUGCUGACGCGUGCGCAAAGUUUGAUAUCAAAUGUCCUCCCCCUCAAACGACAACACGUUUGCUGGAUAAACUUGUGGGACACUUUCUGGAGGAGCAAUGUGUUAAUCCUGCUUUUAUAAUUAACCAUCCUGAGAUAAUGAGUCCACUUGCAAAAUGGCAUCGAUCCAAACCGGGAUUGACUGAACGUUUUGAAUUGUUUAUCAACAAGCAUGAGCUUGCCAAUGCAUACACCGAACUCAAUGAUCCAGUGGUACAGCGCCAGCGCUUUGCAGAUCAACUAAAGGAUCGACAAUCAGGGGACGAUGAAGCAAUGGCUUUAGACGAGACGUUCUGUACGGCUCUUGAAUAUGGUUUACCACCAACUGGUGGUUGGGGUUUGGGUAUUGAUCGGCUUACAAUGUUGCUCACUGAUUCACAAAACAUCAAGGAAGUUCUACUUUUCCCAGCCAUGAAGCCACAGGACGAACCACCCGUGAAAGCUGUAGAAAACCUGAAAAUUUGAGAGCUCAUAUGGUCGCUAUCUUCAGUUUUAUCUGUCUGCAAAGAUGUACCAACUUUUUGUUCAGAACGAUUUGUGUUGAAUUUGUUUCGGGUCAACUUGUGGCGUAUAGCGUUUAGGUUUGAUCACGUUACUAUUGAAUGUACUCUGAUAUACACAGGUACAUCUCUGAAAAGUUUACUGAUUUAACAGUGUUAUGAAAAGUUUAAAAUCUUAGUUGAAAUAGCUGUAAAUUAAUUCGAACUUGUAUA